AGGUACCGCCAGAAAUGUUGUCCGGGUAGAAAACUGAGCCCUGGGUGCCAUGCGGAGAGGAAAAACAGUCCUGGGAGAUAUUUGUGAAAACGGGCCCACAUCGCAGAGGACAGGAUGAGCCUUUUACCUCGCACUGCUGAGGAGUUCAGUUCUGCAGAGUACUGGGAGAGGUUCUUCAAGAAGCGAGGAGAGAGGGCGUUUGAGUGGUACGGAGAUUACAACAAAAUCUGUGGGGUGCUCCAUAAAUAUAUCAAGGUGCAGGAUAAGGUGCUGGUUGUUGGCUGUGGUAACUCGGAGCUGAGCGAGCAGCUGUAUGAUGUUGGCUACAAACAUCUAACUAACAUAGACAUCAGUGAGACCGUGGUGGCUCACAUGAACCAGCGGAACUCAGAGCGCAGACCUGAUCUAACCUUCCAUCAGGUGGAUGCCACCCAGACUCCCUAUGAGGAUGCCAGCUUCCAGGCUGCUCUGGACAAAGGCACCCUGGAUGCAAUGGCCUCUGAAGAGGAGGGCGCUUUGGCCAGGAGGAUGAUCACUGAGGUUAGCCGGGUCCUUAAAGUGGGAGGGCGGUAUGUCUGUGUGACCCUGGCUCAGGAGAGUGUGGUUAAGCUGGCUGUGGAGCACUUUGUUCAGCUCGGCUGGGCGGUCAGGCUCCACUGCCUGCAGGAGGAGAGGGGGAGAGAAGAAGAAGACUCUUUCGCUCUUCCUGUUUUUGUCCUCAUCUCUACCAAGUUCCGCCAACCGAUGCCUAAUCCCAUCCUUGAGAUGUGCCUCGGAGACGAUGGGGUACCGGUCCGGCACACGCGUGUGUGUGACCUUCUGUCUGCCGUGAGGGAGUAUCAGGCUUACUCUGUUCUCAGGAAGAGGCUUCGUACAAACACGGACCCUGCCUCCAAUCUUUCCCUUACCCUCUGUGACGCUAAGACAGGCCUUCCAAGAUACACCCUCACAGUGCAGGAUUGCCCCCCUGGAGCCAAAGUGCCCCGACCAAACCAGUUUGCUAUAUUUAUAGUGCCCAGAGGGAGUGAGACUGCUUGGCUCUACAGCGCCCCCGAGGGCAGGAGGCAGCUGGCUGCCAGCGCCAACUUUCGACGCCUGGUUAUUGCUUCCAUGCACAGGAAUCAGGAUUACACAGACAUGCAAGCAGUCCAAUCAGAACUCUCACCGGUCGUGAUGGACUUGGCUCCGCCGGGUAUGCUGACCAACCAGCAGGUGCCGUUUCUGUCAGUUGGAGGUGAUCUUGGUUGGCGAGAGGAGGUCAGCAGGGGUGUGAGUCAGCUCAGUGGAGAGUACUGUGUGGAGAACGUCAGAGGAGAAGACGGGGAACUCUACCGCAGGCUUGUGUUCCUGUCCAACGUUUCCCUGGUUCAGUCAGAGAGCAGACUCGUCUCAUCAAACACCGCAGCAUCAAACCACAAGAAGAAGAACAAAAAGAAGACCAAGGCAGCGGCUGCAGCAGCUCCACCUUCAGCCUGUCUGUCGGUGGACAGCGGCUUCCUCUGCUGUGCUCACCAUGAGGUCAUGGUGGCCGGUCUGUCCAUGCUUGGAGCGGGGACUCCGCAGAACAAAGACGGCCCGGUUUCAGUGCUGCUGGUGGGUCUCGGUGGUGGAGGCCUCCCUCAGUUCCUCCGCGACUUUGUGCCGGAUGCUGCUGUUGAGGUCGUAGAACUAGACCCAGUUGUGCUGCAGGUAGCAAAGGACUGGUUUGGAUUCCGACCCGACGAUCGUUUGACCGUCACUCUGGGGGAUGGCCUGGAACGCAUCUGCUCCCUGGAGAAAGAAGGUGGCCAUUGUUUUGAUGUCAUCAUGUUUGAUGUGGACAACAAAGACAGCUCUGUGGGGAUGAGCUGUCCUCCUGCUGCUUUUGUAGAGACACCUGUUCUGCAGAAAGUUUUUAACAUGCUCACUCCAAGAGGUUUGUUCAUGCUAAACCUUGUGUGCCGUGACCUGCUCCUCAGGAAAAACGUGCUUGAGCGUGUCAAGAGUGUGUUUCCCACCAUCCUCUCCCAAAGGAUCCCAGAGGAGAUCAACGAAGUUCUUCUGUGCUUCCGAGAAGCAAAGGAUGCCGACCGCAUCCUUCCGUCCUUGAGCCAAGCAGCCAAGAAUUUCCAGAGGACGUUGUCCUGUGGUACCGCUGACUCCAAACGAAAGCCACAUAUAGACAUUGCAGAGAUAUUAAAAGACCUAAAAUUAGAGUAAAGUUUUAAAGAAGCUUAAAAUGCAUUUGCUUAAUGAUAAUGUAUCACUAAUAAAUAAUAUUGUAUAUUUUGUCUUU